AUGGCACCAUACGGGGCCGCAGAGACGCAUCAAAGGACAAGGCAGAUUGAUGGAAGGGAACGGGAGCGACAAGAAAUGGCGGAAGAGUGGGAGACACCCGUGCCCGAACCUGAGCAUCAGCCUGCAGCCCUGGCUGCCAACAAUGACUGGUCCGACCCGGACACGGCCAGCAUCGCCUCGCGCGACUCGGACGACCUGGCAGCGCGUCGACCGAAUCGCUGGCAAGGCAAUCCACGCGCAUGGCAGCACAUUACCGAGCUCGACCGCGCCGUGGUGGCUGCCAUGAACCGCACGCGUGACCGCGACCUGGCUGCACACCUCUACAAUGCCUUCUACAUGAAGCAGACCGUCGACCCAGACGACCCAGACACCUGGGCGCCGAAGCCGUAUUGGACGGCGUGGCCGUUGCGGCUGCGCGACAGCCUUGGCCUCGGCGUGUUUGACGAAGGCCAGCCGGAUGCAAACGACAACGACAACAACGACGACGACGACGAUGACAAGCACAAGCACCAAAACAUGCCCAUCUUCCAGAGCCAUGAGCCGCGUUCCGAAACGCGGCCCAGCAAGCCUCUCGAAGACAUGCUGACGGCCACGAUGCAGCGCGUGGCUCGCGAGCAGUUUUACCAGCGGCGACGAGCCCGGCGGGCACAAGAGCAACAGGAGGGACGUUCCGCGCAGCUUGUCGUGGACAGCCGCAUGGAUACCACAGCGACCCAGGCGAGCACGGAAAAAAACACCAAUGGGGCCGACGACGCCCCGGCCGUGGUCCUGGCCGACGACGAGCUGGCCGCUCAUCUGCUGCACCCGAGCGUCCGCCAUCUACUUGCCCAAGUCGACAAGGUGCUGUCGAUCCUGCACAAUGCACGUGUCGCCACGGCGGCCAUUGGUGAGAGCAACGCGACGGGCUCGAGCGCAAGAUCGAGCUCGCUUGCCGCACGGUUGCGGCGGCAGCCGUCACCAUCCGUGGACGCCCUCGAGGGGACAGGGACAGGACCAGUUCUGCGAAAGAUUGCAAAGAAACUACCGCAGCCCAGCAAGAAACGCGUCUGCCUGCGGCCGAAGGAGUGGUCGUCGGGGCCCGAGGUGAUGGUGGCCACAGCGCCGGUGCCGGACGUUCGCUCAGCGGGCGGUUUGGCUGACCAGCAGACAGGCGGCGAACAGACGCUGCCGAAGCAGAAAAACCCUGCCAGCGCGAGCAAGAGCCAGCGGAAAGAGGUUGACGGACGCGGACGGCCGGUGAAGCGGCGGCAGCCAUUGCCGGGCGAGACGGAGAAGCAGUUUCUCAUCCGUAUAGCGCGGCAGGCGCAUCGACGCAUCCCCGACUUUUCAGACGACGAAAAGGAGGACGGAGACGACGGGGAGGAUAUAGACGAAGAAGACGACAAGGACAAAACCCCGCGGCCCAAGGAGACGCCGGUAUAUCCCCCCUCGUUCGGUCCCCAGACCAAGACAGCUGCACCUCAGGAGCGGCAACGACGAGUCUCGUUUGCCGAGAAUGUCGACAACGUGGCCACCAAGGCAAGGAGCGUAACGAUGAAGGGGUUUAUUGUCGACGUCGAGGACGACGACGAGGACGACGACGAAAAUGGAGAGGCUUACGAUAGCGACGGGCAGACGGGCGACGACGAAAAAGGAACCGGAGCAGAAAUUGGCCGCCGAAAACGCACACACACCACGGCCACAAAAGGGCAUCCAUCGGACAAGACCAUGGCCCGUUGGCCGCUGCGGGACUGGACCGACGUGCUGGGCGCGGCUGCCCUCAGUGGCGGCUUCAGCCCAGAGGUCCUGGCCCGCACCUCGCAGCGCUGCGCCGACCUGUUUGGCCAGCGCAUGGCGGUGGACACGCUGGCCGGCGUUGGCGCAGAGCCGCGUUCGGUAGAGAGUUCGGUGGAGAAUUCGGCGGUGCCUCCGUCUGUCACGCGCACCGUCUACACGCCACGAGGAACCGACGUGUCUACCGGACCGUCCGCCCUGUCCACAGCGACCGCCGAGGCCGACACAAAGGCACUGGAUGCGCUGACACUCGAGGUAAAGCGUGCUCAUGCCCGGCGCCAGGAUCGACUGGCGCAACGCGAGACGCUGAUGACGCAGAUGCGAGACAGAAUGCAGGCGGAUGUGCCGGCGUUGGCUGCGGUCGGUGAUGAUGUCGAGGAUCAGGAUGACUAUGAUGAGAGCACCGGAGAAGACGACGACGGCGAGGAUGUCAGCAGUGGCAACCCCGACGCGAGGACAUCCACCGCGUCCCAGCCUCGGCCAAUGUCCGUCGUCCCUCUGCCGGUGAUUCCAGGCGCUCCGACGGCCCCUCCGAAACCCAAGCCAGGCCCGCCAAAGAAGCCAACACCCAGCGUCUGGUACUGUCCUCGGCCCAACUGCCCACGCGCCCUGGACGGCUUCACGCGGCGGCCGAAUAUGGUGCGCCAUAUGAAGCUGAUGCACAACCUAGUUCUUGGUCCGGACGAGAAGGCGGCGGCGUAA